AUGACUACCGACACUAUGGACUCAACCAAGAGCAGCGGUGACGAGUCUACCGUCAUCCUGACACCUACAGACACAGAACCCAAGGAGGAGACCACAGAAACCAAGACAGAACAAAAGACAGAAGACUCCAAGUCAGAAGAAACACCAAAAGAGGACGAAGAGAAGAAGGAAAAGGUCAUGGUCGGUCUCCUCACAGAAAGCAAAGAUCUAUACGCAAAGUUUGAUAAGAACGGAGACCGAUCAUGGACAGACAAGUACCCCGAUGAUCUUGAGGAAGCAGCAGAGAAUGAGGAGACCCAGAAAUACGCCGUCAUCAUCCGCAAGCGAAAGCCCAAGGAGGCUGACUCUAACAAGCCCCUCGACAUUGACUCCCUCGUUAUCCAAUCUCCAUACCUCAAGCGCGUUCUCGGAAAGGUCUUUGAGGACUAUCCCGGUAUCGUCACUGAUGUUUCACGCCUCAAGUUCCAUGCUCCCUUUGAAUGCUUUGUUCAUCGCUGGGGUCAAUUCACUGCCGCGAAGGAUGACCCUAACUAUGAUCAAAUCACCCGCGAGCAUGUCUCGCUGUUGCAUAAGAUCAUGAGGGAUGAGUUGGGUGAGAUUAUUCAGCUUCGGGAGGAUUACUUCAAGAACCGCGCUGUUGCUUUUGAGCAUGUUUGGACUCUUUUCCCUCCUGGUUGCACGGUUUGGGGUUCUGUUAAGGGAAGACCCGUUGCUGUUCGCUUCGACUCUGGAUACCUCGCAAAAACACAGUGCGGUGGUCUUGCUUACAUGAUGAACUGCAAGGGCAUUGAUUGGGAUGGAAGAAGCAUGGGAUGGUGCGAUAUCACCAUGCAGAUCAAUGACUUCCCCGGCACUGCCCCCUUCUCGAGCCUCUCAUGCUAUCCUCUAGAGUACCACCCCAAUCAUGAUGCAGCACGAAAUAUGCUUCUCGAACGUGGACGCAAGUUUGAGAGCCUUGCGGGCUAUCACUACAAGGCAUACAGUGGCACUGCCAUCUGGUGGGUCAAUGCGUCCAAGUCUCGUAAAGAGACUGUCAACUCACGCAUUGUCAUCGAUGGAGCGAACUGGGAGAAGCAGAACCCUGAUCAUACUGUUUGGCUUAACUAUCUGACUGGUGAAGGCCCUGUCGCCAGCAGUGAUCGGGAUAGUGAUGCUGGCAAUGAUGACGACGGCGACGAUUGCUAUAGUGAUUGUUACAGCGACUCGGGCGCCAAGAAGCCUGAGUUUGAUGAUGACCAGCGCGCUCCUCUCAGCGAAGAGCAGCUCAUCAUGACGGGUCCUAUAGUCCGCGGCUAUGCCCUCAAGAACAAGCGAUGGAUGGAGUUCUUCAUUGAUGAUGUUACAGAGGUCAAGUUCAACGACAAGGCCUUUGACUCGCUUGUUCUUCCUGCCGAUCAGAAGGAACUUAUUCUCGCUUUCGCCCAAAGCCAGGUCAAGUUCAAGAAUGUCUUUGACGAUAUAAUCUCUGGAAAGGGUAAGGGUAUCAUCAUGCUCUUGUCUGGUGGUCCCGGUAUUGGCAAGACACUGACUGCUGAGUCGGUGGCUGAGGAGAUGAAGGUUCCCCUGUACAUCAUGAGCGCUGGUGAUCUCGGCAGCGAUGCCUACGACAUCGAGGAGAACCUUCAACGCAUUCUCGAGAUGGUGGCCAACUGGAACGCUGUCCUCCUUCUCGACGAGUGCGAUGUCUUCCUCGAGGCUCGCUCAGCGCAUGACAUCGAACGCAAUCGAAUUGUUUCAAUCUUCCUUCGCAUGCUCGAAUACUACGAGGGUAUUCUCUUCCUCACCACCAAUCGCGUCAAAGACAUGGAUCAGGCCUUCCAAAGCCGAAUCCACAUGUCGCUAGAGUAUCCUCCCCUCGACAGCACCGCCCGAGAGUCUGUCUGGCGAGGUUUCUUGAGCCGCGCUAUCAGUGUAGAUGCAAAGAUGGAGGGCGAAUCUGCGCAUGAGAUUAAAGAGGAGGAGAUCAAGGCUCUGGCUGGUCUGGAGCUGAAUGGUCGACAGAUCAAGAACGUCCUCAAGACGGCGAAUCUUCUGGCUUGUCAUAAGGGAGAGAAGUUGGCGUUUGCUCAUUUGAGGACAGUUUUGAGGGUUGAGGGUCACUCAUUGUAA